AUGCUGGGGCUCAUUCGCACAUCUACGCAGCGGAAAUUUCUCGCGAUUAUGUUUGCGGCACUCAUUGCCGUGAACGGUCCGCUGCUGGUUACGUUUUUUAUCGUUACCAAAGACACCCUUGAGCGCGAAAUGAUCGCAAAGAAACGGGUUUUGCUCGACGCCAACAGCAAGGCGCUGAGCAAGGUGCUUUGGGACUUCGACUAUGAAAACCUGCGCAAAUGGACCGUUGCGAUCGCAAACGACCGCGACAUUUUCAGUAUCGAAAUUCUGGACGACAACGACAAGCGGCUCGCUUUCGUUUCAAACAACGAGAACGAAACCAACAUUCCCGAAAAAGAGGAAGCGCUCUUUUCCAAGGAAAUCACGCAUGCUGUUGACGGAACCGAUCAUGUCGUCGGAACCCUGCGUAUCAGAUUCAUGUCCGAUCGCAUUAGCAACGCUGCGAUGGGUGAAGUCGGCAAGUCUGUAAUACUGUUCAUCGUGUCGACCAUUUCGGUUCUUGUGGCUGCGCUCAUUGCCAACCGUUUCAUGAUUACAAGGCCGCUCCUCCGCCUGAAUGAAGCGAUCGAAGCAACCCAUCGCUCGGGAACAAGAACAAAAGUGGACUGGUCCUCGUCUGACGAACUUGGCCGCGUCACCAGUGCAUUCAACGAAAUGCAGGACAGCCUCGACCAGGACGAGGCCAAGCUGCUCAAGGCGAACAAGCGGCUUGCAUUCCUCUACAACAACACCCCGGUCAUGCUGUACUCGAUCGACCGGGAAGACCGCAUCAUCAAGGUGUCAGACUAUUGGCUCCACGCGACUGGUUACAGCCGCAAGAACGUAAUCGGCCGCAAAUUCCGCGAGUUCAUUCAUCAUGAAUUCAAGGAAGAAUAUCUGAACAAUCGCAGCCUGCUCUCCACCGGCAGGAACGAAACGCUCGAGUUCACCUCCGUUUUUGAAAAGGCGGACGGAACCCAGCUUGAUGUCCUGAUCACCGAAGCAAAAGACUACGACGACAGCUCAAGCGGCCGCAGGUCACUGUCUGUCAUGACCGAUAUCUGCAAAUUGAAGGCAGCCGAAGCGGAAAUCCUGCGCCAGGCACGUACUGAUUUUCUCACCGGGCUAUUGAACCGGGAAGGCUUUGCAGAUCGCCUGAACACCGCCAUCGAAGAAGCCGGCGACACGCUGGAAAUUGCGGUCCUGUUUUUCGACCUCGAUCGCUUCAAGUGGGUCAACGACAAUCUGGGACACUUUGCGGGUGACCGGGUUCUGCAAUCGGUCUCACGGGAAGUCUCACAUCUGCUGGAUGAAGGGGACUGUUUCGGCCGGUUCGGUGGAGACGAGUUCGCGAUCAUGUUGUCGAGCAACGCCGUAAGAAAGCGCGCCGUUGAACUCGCGACAAGGAUCAACAGGGUGCUGAACAAGCCCAUCGACCUCGGCGGCAGGACGCUGCAGAUUUCCGCAAGCGUGGGUAUUUCCUUCUAUCCUGAAAACGCAAUGAAUGCGGAGGAUCUGCUGAAAGCGUCCGAUGUUGCAAUGUACCGUCAGAAAAACAGCGGAAGAAACGGUCAUUGCGUGUUCAACGAGAAAUUCGGCAGGGAGGCGGCCAGACAACUUGAAGUCAAAGAGGUCAUUUCCGAAGCCCUCAAGAACGAUUGGUUCGAACUGCAUUUCCAGCCGAUCGUCGAUUUGAAGAGCCGAUCGACAAUCGGUUUUGAAGGACUUCUUCGGCUUGUGCAUCCCGGCAAGGGUAUUCUCCCGCCACUUGAAUACAUCCGGGCUGCGGAGCAGACGGGUGGCAUUCUUGAAAUAGGGGACCUGGUGCUGGAAUUGGGGCUGCAGGCCCUUGAGCGCCUUCAUUCGAAGCCCGAAUGGCAAUCAACUUAUGUCGCGUUGAAUUUCUCUGCCGCACAAUUUCUACCGGACCUGCCCGCCAAUCUUGCACAGAAACUGUCAGCUCACUCGAUCGAUCCCGAUCACCUGGUACUGGAAAUUACCGAAACAACCCUGAUGCAGAACAACAUGGGUCUGGCCAGCUUGAUCGAAGACAUCAGAAAUCUGGGCUGCGCGUUCGCACUUGACGAUUUCGGCACAGGCUUUUCGUCGCUCAGCUACAUGAACCGUUUUCCGGUUGAUACGGUCAAGAUCGACAGUUCCUUCAUCAGCGGGCUGGACGAGACAGCCGGCAGCGAGCGGGCCAACAAGACCCACGCCCUGAUCGAAGCAAUCGUCGGGCUUUCGAAAAGACUCGAACUCAAUGUCAUUGCAGAGGGUAUUGAGAACGAAGAACAACUCCGCUGCCUGAUCGAGAUGGGUGUUGAAACCGGCCAGGGUUUCCUGUUCGGGAAAGCUGAACCGCUCGACACCGUCCUUUCCGGGCAUACAGCGCGGCAACCGGAAAUAAUGUCCUUACCGGAUAUGAAACUGAGCAACACCGGGUAUGGUUAG